AUGGCUGAAGAGAAUAUUACAGUUGUGACUGGGUUUAUUCUCUUGGGAUUGACAAGUCAUGCUGAACUCAAAGUUGCACUUUUCGUGUUGUUCCUGGUGAUUUAUGCCAUUACCUUGGUGGGGAAUCUGGGCAUUAUCUUCUUAAUCCAAAUCACCCCAAAGCUUCACACACCCAUGUACUUUUUCCUCAGCUGGCUUUCGUUUGUGGAUACCUGUUAUUCAUCAGUUAUUGCACCCAGAACACUGAUCAACUUCUUGGUUGUGAGGAAAACCAUUUCCUUCUCUGCCUGCAUAGGACAGCACUUGUUUUUCGGGCUGUUCAUUACUACCGAAGGCUUCUUGCUGUUGGUGAUGAUGGCCUAUGACCGCUAUGUGGCCAUUGUGAGUCCCUUGCUUUAUACUGUAGCCAUGUCUAAGAGAAAGUGUGUGGUGCUGGUUACUGGAUCAUUCAUAGGGGGAAUGAUUAAUUCACUGACACACACAGUCGGCUUAGAGAGACUGUACUUUUGUGGGUCCAAAGUUGAUCAUUUCUUCUGUGAUGUCCCUCCACUGCUAAAGCUGUCAUGUUCUGACACCUCCAUGAAUGAGUUGUUGCUGUUAACCUUCUCCGGAGUCAUUGCCAUGGUCACCUUCUUAAUUGUGAUCAUUUCCUACAUCUUCAUUGCUUUUGCUAUCCUGAGGAUCCGCUCAGCAUCAGGCAAGCAGAAAGCCUUCUCCACCUGUGCCUCUCACCUGACUGCCGUGACCAUAUUCUAUGGUACCUUAAGCUUUAGCUACAUUCAGCCAAGCUCCCAGUAUUCUGUGGAACAGGAGAAAGUGGUUUCUGUGUUCUAUACGCUAGUGAUUCCCGUGUUAAAUCCAUUGAUAUACAGCCUAAGAAACAAGGAUGUAAAGGAGGCAGUGAAAAGGGCCAUAGAAAUGAAACAUUUCCUCUGUUAA